AUGUCUGGAGUGUUGUUCUGUCCAACGUGUGGGAAUUUACUAGUGCUGCAGGCUGGUCAUGAUACGAUGAAGUACUGGUGCCGAACAUGUCCGUAUUUGUUUCCAAUAUCGGAGAAGUUGACGCAGAAGGAGAUAUUACAUAAGGAAGUUGAGGAUGUCCUGGGUGGUCCUGAUGCAUGGAAAGAUGUUCAGCAGACUGAAGCUGUCUGUCCAGCUGACGGUUGUGACUCCAACCGCGCUUACUUCAAGCAGAUGCAGAUACGAAGCGCUGAUGAGCCGAUGACCACCUUUUAUCGUUGUGUUAAAUCACAAGAACAAACACGUGUUGACGGAGCUAUGUGCGGGGCGGAGACCUACCAUAAGGUUGUCGAUUCCGAGGCCUAUGCUGAGGCCAAGCGAGCGGCUGGUUACGUGUGGCAGAAGACCUGUGAGGGUUACGACUAUCUGCUUACUAGGUCUGAGAAUGGCCUUGAUCUGAAUAGAGAUGGAAAGUCUCAACUGGGCCGAAGUUGGUCUGUUGUGAGCACUGCUACUAGCAUUGUUGUUAGCAACACGCCUUACUAUGUUAAAGAGGCUAAGCAGAUGGUACAGAGCAAGUGUCUGAAGACCCCAGCUGAGAGGAAGGCAGCAGAGAUAGCUGUGGAUGAAGUCCAGAAGGUGCCCGUGGUGGAGGGUGUUGAAGAUGUUUAUAAGGUUGUUGAGGAAACCAGAGAUGUCACUAAACCUGUUGGUCUGAUCAAUGAGGGUGACGCUAGCUCAACAACUGUGAAGGAGAGUAAGCCCUCGACAGUUGAAGAUGGCAGCAGGAAGUCUGUGGGUGCAGUCCGAGGUGUUGAUCCUGCUAAGGCGCAUAACAUGGCAGCUCCUGUCCUCCCGGGUGUUGGAAGGAAGGCGGCGGUUGCUGAUAGUAAGAAAAUGCCUACGAGUAGCAGUAGUAAACCUGCAUCUGCUGUGGCUUAUAAGUCUAGUCUGAGAGGCCAUUGA